ACUACAUAACCCGACCCGAUAUAAUAAACCCGCAAACUUAACCAAGAUCUUCAAAACCCUAGCUAUAUAUAACCACAUCUGCAACACAUUUGCGCAGCUUCUCUCUUCACAACUUCCAAACCCUAACACAACCGCAGAUCAUCAGAUUCAAUGGCUCCGAAGAAGGAAAAGGCUCCUCCUCCGUCGUCUAAACCGGCCAAAUCUGGUGGUGGAAAGCAGAAGAAGAAGAAGUGGAGCAAAGGAAAGCAAAAGGAGAAGGUGAACAACAUGGUUCUAUUCGAUAAGGCGACGUAUGAUAAGCUUCUUUCUGAAGCUCCAAAGUUCAAGCUCAUCACCCCUUCCAUUCUAUCAGACAGAUUAAGGAUCAAUGGAUCGUUGGCACGAAAGGCGAUCAAGGAUUUGAUGGCAAGAGGUGCAAUUAGGAUGGUGUCUGCUCAUGCUAGUCAACAAAUCUACACCAGGGCCACUAAUACUUGAGUAUUAGUUUUUUUGAGAUGAUGGCAAGAUUUGAUUUUAUCAUUUUCUGCUUCUAAUUUUUGUUUAUUGUAAGAUCAAGUACUUUUUCUCAUGCCGUACCUUUUUCUCAAGUACCUUUAUCAUCUUAAAAGGCCGACAAAGCUAUUUUUUUGAUCAUGAGAAUCAUUGUUCAGUUUUAUUUUCAGUCAUUCUAUUCA